CGCGCGCAGGCGGCGGCAGCGGCGGAACCUAGAGGACAAGCGUGCGGCCGCGGCGCCGCCAACUCGUGUGGGACCCGCCGCUCCGGCCGGCCGCCCGCUGUCCGCGCGUCGGUGCUCCGGCCGGCAGCGGAGCCCACCGCGCGCCGCCCGUGCCCUCGUGAGGCUGGCAUGCAGGAUGGCAGGACAGCCCAGCCACAUGCCCCACGGAGGCAGUCCCAACAACCUCUGCCACACCCCGGGGCCCGCGCACCCGCCCGACCCACAGCGGCACCCCAACACCCUGUCUUUUCGUUGCUCGCUGGCGGACUUCCAGAUCGAGAAGAAGAUAGGCCGAGGACAGUUCAGCGAAGUCUAUAAGGCCACCUGCCUACUGGACAGGAAGACAGUGGCUCUGAAGAAGGUGCAGAUUUUUGAGAUGAUGGACGCCAAGGCCAGACAGGACUGCGUCAAGGAGAUUGGCCUCUUGAAGCAACUGAACCAUCCGAACAUCAUCAAGUAUCUGGACUCGUUUAUUGAGGACAACGAGCUGAACAUUGUGCUGGAGCUGGCCGACGCUGGGGACCUCUCACAGAUGAUCAAGUACUUCAAGAAGCAGAAGCGGCUCAUCCCCGAGAGGACGGUGUGGAAGUACUUCGUGCAGCUGUGCAGCGCUGUGGAGCACAUGCACUCACGCCGGGUGAUGCACCGAGACAUCAAGCCUGCCAACGUGUUCAUCACGGCCACCGGCAUCGUGAAGCUUGGUGACCUGGGCCUGGGCCGCUUCUUCAGCUCUGAGACCACCGCAGCCCACUCCCUCGUUGGGACACCGUACUACAUGUCACCGGAGAGGAUCCACGAGAAUGGCUACAACUUCAAGUCCGACAUCUGGUCCCUGGGCUGUCUGCUAUAUGAGAUGGCAGCUCUCCAGAGCCCCUUCUAUGGAGACAAAAUGAACCUCUUCUCCCUCUGCCAGAAGAUUGAGCAGUGUGACUACCCACCGCUCCCAGGGGAGCACUACUCUGAGAAGCUUCGAGAACUGGUCAGUAUGUGUAUCUACCCUGACCCCGAUCAGAGACCGGACAUCGGCUAUGUGCACCAGGUUGCCAAACAGAUGCACAUCUGGAUGUCCAGCACCUGAACAUCGGUGCACCGUGCUUGUCAGAAGCCAACACCACUCUGCCUUACUUGAGUCCUCUUCUCUCUGAAGUGACCACCUGGUAGCCUGGAUCAGCUGAGACGAGAGUCCAGCAGUUCCCCCAAAGGCAGACUUUAAAGCAGACACUGAAUGCAGAGCACCAGGCAACGGGAAAAUUCCAAAGUCCCUUCUUUGUACUGUUGCGGGCAGUCUCUGCUGGGUUAGCGAGAGCAGGUGGGUCAGUGAGCCACUGAAGCCCACUCCCUCUGUAUCUGGACUGUAAUGUGAAUCUUUGGGUAAUUCCUCCAGAGGCCUGGCCAUGUCUCCUCUGACAGGACAGGUGUGAUUUGUGUGGUGAGCCUUUGCAAAGGUUAGCAAGUACAGUUUAGUUCUUAGUGUCUUUCCAAACAAUCAAGCUGUGUGCUUAAUUUACUCUGUUGUAUAAAGGGAUAAGUGGAGAUAAUUUUCUAAGUAGAGUAGAGAUUUUGCUAAUAUUUUUAUCUGCAUUUUGUAACUUGAGUAAGGAGGAGGAGAACCCAGCAUCUAGCAUUGAGCUUCGCAAGGCAACUGGUAUCUGAAAGCCAUGAGCAUGUGGUUUGCAGCCUGGUUUGCCGCCUUCCCUGAACACCUGCCCUGCGUCAGGCAGUGUCACCUCCUGUGAUGCUGAUGGUUCAUUUCAUGAUCAGUAUUAAGCAUUUUCCUCUGUGGGAAGGAAGCACGGGCUACAUGAAAAAUCUAAGGGCUUUGCCCUCAAGUUGUUCUUUCCAAAUUCUGGUUCUGCAACUUCCUAGUGUGACUUGGGCAAGUUUCUUAGCUUUUUCUGAGCCCUAAGUUUCCUUAUCUGUAAAAUGGGAAGGAUGAUUUAAUCUACCUUCAGGUUUUUGGAAGAAUUUGAAAUAAAAGAUGCAAUUUAGUUAUUAGCAUAUUGCAGAUGAUCCAACAGCCACAGCCAUUCACCAUUUUGAAAACUCAAGUGCAUGGACCAUGCAAGUUGAGAAUUAAAGUGCAACUGUAUUACGUGUAGGAAACCAGAAACGUGUUCAUGUAUUUCUUGUUCCCAAACAGGAUUAACUGUGAAGACUAAUUUAUAAAUGUGAAUUUAAGGAAACUUAAGCUCUGGAGGAAAUACUUUGAAUUUUGUUUUCAUACUCGAUUCUCUGUCUAUACUAUUGUCACCUGGUGACAGCUCAGCAGUGCUGGUGUUUUGGCUCACCUCGCUCAGUGGAUGAAUGUGCUGACCAGGCUUCCCCAGGGAAAGGACCUGGGCUGGCCACUGCGCCAUCUCUGCACAGAGUUCUGCAUGACAAUGCCGGGCUCUCUCCAGGCACAGCCUCUGCUCUCUUCUCCAUGCUGGGAAUAAAACUAUACCAGUCGGGUGUCGUUUUAAGUUUCCACACAACUCCUCUUGAACUGAGUUCCUAAAUGUAACAUGUUGGCAGCACGGCAUUUUGCAGUGCCUUUAGAAAUGACUUGUCAGGCCCCAGACAUUCCAAGUGAUCCUGGAAUUUUUUUAAGCUCCCCAAAUAAUUCUGAUCAUCAUCAGCCAAGCUGCUGCCCUCAAUAGUUCCACUGUCCUCCCUGGCCCACUCUCCGCGGUUUCACAAGGCAACUGGCCUCAGAGUGGGCUCACCCUGGAAUGUUCUCUCCAAAGGAGAAUUACAGUCCCUGUCUCCUACCCAGCACUGACCACUGAAAGUUUUCUGAUUCUAGACAGAUUUGUUGCAAAUAUUCUGCUUAUGGCUCUCAGAGCCCCUACCGUGUCUGCCCUUGGCACAGCAGCCUUGGCACACAGAUGAACUUGCGUUCUGCACGCCAUCCGCCUCCUACUCUGUGAGAACCGUCUGCCUGCUAUAAAGGGUUCUCCACCACUCACCAGGUCUGAAGGCCUGUGACGUGAUCACGUCCAGCUAAGCUUGCAAACAUUCCUAUGAUUUCAAUGAAACUGGUCAGAGUGGAGCUCACCCAGCUUCAAGCAGCUAUGGUAAAGCCACCAUCCCCUGCCUGCCUUUUCUUGGUGCUUAGAACUGAGUAGGGCCUAAAACUCAACCUUGGUGACAUUCCCCCCCGCCCGGUGCUGGGGACGGA